CACAGUGCUAUCAAAGAGCAACUCCAACAGAUUCAACGUUUGACAUGAAUUUUCCAGCGUCCAACAGUGAGGAUUAUGUCACAAUAGGUGACCAAGGCUUGCACGAGUUAAGAGCUUUUACGAUUUGUGCUUGGGUGAAGUUCCUCAGCACCGCGAACGGGACAAUAGUGUCAUAUUCUGCACCUGGUUCAACUAACGAGAUUUCAAUCUAUGUUUUUUUAAAUCAUGUUCUUUUUGCCGUGAAGGAUGACUGGAAAUGGACGGAAACCAGUGCUUUCGGGAGCAGUUCCUGGCACUCGUUGUGUUUGACAUGGUCCAGUAUGAAUGGCGAGAUCAGAUUGUAUGAAGACAAGGUUUUGAGGGAUGUGAUAACGGGUGUGGGCACUGGACAAAAAAUCACCAGAGGAGGGAACUGGACCCUAGGCAAAGACCAGGCUGCUGCCGGCGAGAUCCCAAUUUACGGAAAGCUGAUGGAAGUUAACGUGUGGGGCUGUGUCUUACCCGCAGAAGAUAUCUCGAAGUUUUCAACAGAUUGUAAAUCUGGUAUACACGGUGAUAUCAAACGAUGGACGGAUUUUGAAGCCUGCAGUGGUCGUGGGAGGCAAGAUUGUGGCUAUAAUUAAUGCGGACUGUAAUUGAUGCAUUUAUCACUUUUUUGCGGGGCAAUAGACCUUUUGCAUACU